AUGUUUUCUUCACCGAUAACAGGAACAUCAUCAAUGUUAUUACUUUCAUCACGGACAUCAGCACCCUCAGCUGAACACAAUACAAAUUCGAACACGUCACACAAUCUAUCUGACACAACACAAGUGACCAUCGUUAACGACGUCAACAACAGCCCCAACAACAACUACAACACUCCUGAAAGAAGGAGAAUGAUAUUGACGGAUAGGCUGAAAUCGUGCGUGUUGAAUCUUCAAAGUGAACUUCUCAUGAAAGUGAAACAAGAGGAUGAACUCUCGUCACAGCUUGCCGAUGAUAAUGCCGAUGAUGAUCGCUCUGACGAUAGUUCUCAUCUCCUCAAUGGUGACAACAACAAUAAUAUCAACAACCACAGCAAUAGUAAUAAUAAUAAUAAUGACAAUAAUGAUUAUAGCAACAAAGAUGUUGAUGGUGACUCCAACAGAAGCCUACCAUAUUAUGUAAACAUGAUGGAACAGAUUCUUGACAGGUGCCAACACUUCUUAAUCUUUCCAUCAGUUCAUAUGAGGCUAACCACGUUGCACAUCGUAUCCGUUCUGUGUCCGGCACUGAAGUCCUAUCAAGAUGUUUUAUUGCCUCUGGUGCACAAAAUUUGGAAACCAUUUGUGAACAGAUUCAAAGACGAAGAGCACUUUAUUGCUAUCAAGGCAUUUGAAGUUCUGAAGGAGAUAUCCGAAGCAUCUGGAGAUUUCGUGAGGAGGAGGAUGGUCUCGGAGGUCAUGCCAAAGGUCAUUGAAGCUUUGACCUCGCUCGCCAAAAGCAGUGUAAAGCAGCCAUCAAGUUACCAGUACACGACUGCAUGCAAGCUGCAGAGCUGCAUCCUGCUUAAUCUUGGCCCAAUGAGUCGAUAUGCAGACAUCCAGGGACAGGCCCUGAUGAACAUCGUCCACCCCUGCAUGCCCUACCUCAGUGCCAAACAGCCAACCAUCUUGCAGCAGGUGUGCAUGGAUACAGUUUUGGAGUUCGUGAAAAUUGAUAGCAGCAUUGUGUGGUUGGCACUGUGCCAGGCUUACCCUCCGACAUCUAAACUAGUUCCUCCUAAUAUAACCUCAUCGUCGUCGUCACUACACAAUUUCCAGUUAUGUCCACCACCUAAUCUACCAUCCUACCAGGUGCCUUACAAACUGUGGAAUACACAUCAUUUGUUUGGAGAUUGCAUGAGUUAUUGA